AUGGCUUCCUUUGGGAAAUUGUUGCGUUUCAAGAACGUUUCCGGCCAGAUUCUUUACGGAGAAGUCAAAUCUCUUGAUAAAAUCACCUCUGAUACCAUUAUUGGAGCGACUGUUCCGGUGUACGAUGGAGAAGACCCAUGGGCGGCAGAUUUCAAGCUCUCAGGCCGUGAGGAAACAGUGUCAGAAGUCCUUGCGCCACUUGCGCGGGUGCCAAUCUUUUUGUGCAUUGGGCUCAAUUACAAGAAGCACGCAGAAGAGGGAAAUAUGAAAGUUGGGGACUACCCACAAACUUUCUACAAGCCUGCAGAUGCGUUGGCCGGACCUUACGAUGAUAUACCUAUCAAUCCAGCCUGCCAGUGGAUGGACUACGAAGUCGAACUGUGUGUGGUAAUUGGCAAAGACUGCAAGAAUAUCGGUGAAGAUGAGGAUGUAACUCAAUAUAUUCUUGGCUAUACCGUUGGCAAUGAUGUUUCAUCAAGAUGGUGGCAGAUGCCGGAACGAUCGAGCAAUCAACCAUCUGCAGCAAAAUCCUUUGACAAGUUUGCGCCGAUCGGUCCAGUUAUCACUUCACCUAGUCUCAUUCCCGAUCCAACAAAGCUGAAGAUGCGCAGCAUCGUAAACGGAGAACAGAGGCAGAUCACACAGACGGAUGAUUUGAUCUUCGACAUUCCGGCCAUUAUCCGCCACUUUAGUCGUGGCAUGACGAUCCGCAAAGGCACUGUCAUCAUGACUGGAACCCCAAGCGGCGUUGCCGCAUUCAUGAAGCCGCCGGCAUGGCUCCAAGAUGGGGAUGUCGUCGAGAUGGAGCUUGAAAACGUGGGGACUAUGCGAAACAAGAUGGUCUUCGAGAGAUAG